AUGGCUGCUCGUGAGAUGAAGACUCACACUUCCUCAGGGUCAUCUUUGGCUGCCGAGAAAUUGAAGGAUAUUCAGAAACCAAACAAAAGAGCUUUAAGGAGAGCAAGGAGGCACAAGCAACAGAGGAAGGUUAAUCCUAAGUCUCAUGAUACUUCAUGUGUCAAAAGAUUACAUAAAUUCAACGCAGCUGAUGCGAAUAAUGGAUGGUCAUUGGUUAUUCACAAGGAACUGAAAUAUCUCACUCAGAAUAAUGUCUGGAAUCUAAUCACGUGUUUCUCUGAUCACGGUUCAACAGGUAGCAAAUCAACUAUCAUUAAAUGUAUAUUUGAUGGUGUUGUGUUAAGUGAUGCAGGACCAACAAGAAGCAGAAAUAUCAGCUAG